GCCAACCAAAAUAACUGAAUUAAAACCCAUUGUUUGCGGCCGGUAGUUACGUUUCCAGUGGAUACUCUGCCAUGGCAGGGUCUCGAGUUCAAAUCAACAAAGCUUACAAAUCCCGUUUCUCCUGCAAAUCAUCGCGCAACCUUCACAAGACCUCCCUCAAUGAUAAGAGUCGGAUUGCGAAAUCAGAGCGUAAUGCGACGACGAAAGGAGCUCGUGAAGCUCGACAUCAGCGUAGCAAGAUGGUGAAUGAUGAUGAAUUUGUUCUUUUCCCACAUUCUGCUUCUGUGAAACUGAAUUCACUUGCGGAAGAUAUUUUAAAGUUAUUAUCUACAGAAGGUAUAGGAUAUGCGUCCUCCACCGUUGCUUCUUCAGAGUACAGACUCAGAGUGAUGGUACUACAAGCUCCUUGUCGGGAUCUAUUAUCAUGUAUGGAAAUGGCCAAGGUUGCUGAUUUGAUUGCUUUUGUGGCAUCAGCAAACUCUUUAUGUGUAGAAGGUGCAUCUGACCUUUUUGAUUCAUUUGGAAAUCAAUGCCUUUCCGUAUUUAGGUCUAUUGCUCUACCCAGAACAAAGGCUCACAGCACCUCACUGGCAAAAUCAGCGUCCUUACCUCAUUGCACAAGAGUACCUGAUGAUUCCAGUCCAGGAAAGAGUACUCUCCUUCUCACUGGUUAUAUGCGUGCACACAGCCUCUCAGUGAUUCAGUUGGUCCAUGUUUCUGGUGCGAGGGAUUUUCAGCUGUCCAAAAUUGAAAUUCUAAAAGAUCCAUCUCCUCUGAAUGCAAGAAAAGAACAGGAUGCUAUGGAUUCUGAUGAAUUAAAUGAUGCUAAGACAUGGCCAACAGAAUCAGAAAUGGCUGAGGCUGAUAGAAACCUAAAACAAAAAAAGCAAAGAAAGAGAAUUCUUCCACAUGGCACUUCUGAAUAUCAGGUUGGGAUGUCCAAGACCAAGCUUCCUUAAACUUAAGGGACUCAGAUGAUGGAACUGAAAAUGAUUCAGUCAUGAUGGAAGGAGAGAACCUGACAAGAGAACAAUUGGAGCAAGACAUUCAAAAAAUUAAACAGGCGCAUGCUGAAGAUGAGGGUAUCUCUCUAUUUAAGACAUUGUACAAUUUCAUGGGUUAUCAAAAAGAAAUGACUUUAUUUGUU